AAAUUUACAUGACUGUACCUGUAGGGGCUGCCGGGGUGCGGGGGCUGGGUGGGCGGGGCUACCUGGCCUACGCGUCCGGGGUCGGAGCCGUGGGUCGAGGCGGGAGCGGCGGCGCCUCCUACGGCGGCCUGAAGGGGGACAAGCAGGGGGAGGACAAGCUGUACGACCUGCUGCCCGGCAUGGAGCUGACCCCCAUGAACCCGGCUGCCAUGAGCCUGAAGGCCGCCGCCAUCAAACCUGCACCACAGGUCCUGGAGGAGCUGUGUCAGAAGAAUAACUGGGGUCAGCCGGUCUACCAGCUGCAUUCUGCCAUCAGUCCGGAUCAGAGGCAGCUCUUCCUCUAUAAGAUCACCAUACCUGCUCUGGCGACUCAGUACCCCAACGUACAUCCCUUCACCCCCGCUAAGCUGUGUGCGGCGGUCGAGGAAGCCAAAGUCCACGCCGCCGAGCACACCCUGCAGACGCUCGGCCUGCAGACGGAGGGCGCUGCAGAGGCCGGCUGUGCUACUGCCGCCGUGGCUUCAGUAGCCUUCCCAGGUUACACCCUGGCGAGCCCGGCGGCGUCAGCAGUGGCGUCCCAGCUGAAGCAGGCCGUGUCUCUGGGUCAGGACCUGACCGCCUACGCCACCUACGACGGAUACCCGGCCUUCGCUGUGGCCACACGCCACUCUGACGGGUACGGCGUUUUCUAGAGCUGCCAACCUCCAAACAGAGGACGCUCACGCUAAGCUGCU